AUGGCAGUGAAGAAGGCAAGUGCCAUGCGCAAUUCACUCUCGAACAAAGUCAAUUCAAAUGAAACUCCAACGGCACACCCUUCAACAAGCGCCGAUGAUGAUGUGGAAAGCUCAUCGCCCAAGCCGUUAGAUGUACCCCCUGACGGCGGCUUCGGCUGGGUCUGUGUGGCUUGCAGCUUUUGGAUCAACGCUUGCACAUGGGGUAUCAAUUCCACAUAUGCCGUCUUCCUGGCCUAUUACCUAUCUCACGACUAUUUCCCAAAUACAUCCGCCCUCGCAUAUGCCUUCAUCGGUGGUCUGUCGAUCUCACUAGCUAUGUUUGUCGCCCCGGUCGCCACGAAGGUUACCAAAACCUAUGGUACCAAGGUCACUCUGCACAUCGGUAUCUUCUUGGAGACAUUGUCUCUGAUCGGCGCCUCGUUUGCCACCAAAAAGUAUCAGCUGGUCCUUGCGCAAGGGAUAUGCUUCGGCCUGGGCAUGGGCUUCCUCUUCGUGGGAAGUGUUGGUAUCAUUCCUCAAUGGUUCACCAAGCGACGUUCUAUCGCCAAUGCGGUCUCUGCCGCCGGAAGCGGCUGUGGAGGGCUGAUAUGGUCACUCUCGACACAAGCUAUGAUCGACAAGCUAGGUCUACCAUGGGCGUUUCGCAUCCUUGGAAUCCUCUCCUGUACGAUCAAUCUUAUUUGCAGCAACAUCAUCAAGGAUCGCAACGCACAAGUUGGUGCUAAGAACAAGUCUUUCGACUGGGAUCUACUCAAGCGGCCCGAGUUCUGGCUAGUACAGCUAUGGUCCUGGUUCUCUAUGUUUGGCUACGUUACAGUUUUGUUCUCUCUGCCAGCUUAUGCCCGUCAAAUCGGCCUAUCAGCCCAACAAGGUUCAAUUGUGGGCGCCAUUUUCAACUUGGGCCAGAUGCUGGGCCGCCCAUGUAUCGGGCUCGCAUCUGAUAGAUGGGGCCGUAUAAAUCUUGCGUCAAUUUCGACAGCUUUGUGCGGUGUCUUUUGCUUGGUAUUUUGGAUUCCCACAGAAGUCGUGCCGUCCUCCUUCGGACUUUUGCUGUUCUUCUCUAUCGUUGGCGGUGCGCUCGCUGGCACGUUCUGGACCACGAUUGCUGCUGUGGCUGCUGAGGUCGUUGGUCUUGCGGAUCUCGGUAGUGCUCUAUCGUGGACUUGGUUGAUAAUGGUACUGCCUGUGACUUGUGCAGAGCCUAUCGCAUUGGAAAUCCGACGUGCCCCUGGAAUGGAUUUUGUGUAUAUCUACGCACAAAUCUUCUGUGCGCUUUCAUAUAUUGCUGGCGGGCUUGUUGUAUGGGUUCUGCGGGGCUGGAAGAUUGGGGAAAUAGAGGAGCUGGAAAGAUUGAAGGGGCUAAACGAACAGAGGAUGCAGCACACCGCUUCCGCAGGUGGUGACGAGAAGGGUCCGCGGUUGGAGGACGACGAGCCUUUGGACGUACCAUUGACGCAGGUCAUUUCCAUCGCUAGUGCGAGGAAGCAAGGCUGGAAACCGAGAGACUUGUUUAGGAGAAUGAUCAAACCCAAGAUCGUAUAG